AUGACAGCCAAAGUGGCGGGCNAAAGUGGCGGGCUGACCUGCGCCAACGUGGACGUCUCCCUGGAGGAGGACGACCUGCCCAACUACGACCUCCUGCGACGCUUUCAGCUGGACAGCUCCACGGGAGAAGGACAAGGAGAAGAAAUCACCUCUCUGGUGGAGAAGAUCGAGGGCACUGGGCCCUCGCAGUCUGCUUAUCGUCUGAAAUCAGACGCCCAGUUCGCGCUGGCCACCGCCGACCUGCUGCCCGGUGGCCUCCCAGCCCACUUCUCCUUCAGCUGCACCUUCCGAAAUGCCCACAACCGGGGUAAUCGGUCGUGGACGCUGCUCCGCAUCAACGACUACAACGGCGAACCGCAGUUUGGCCUCCGCCUGAUGCCUGCCUCAAAAACGGUGCAGCUCUACUCGAUGGUAACGGUUGAAGAGAGCAGCAGCCGAGCCAGGCUGGAGCAAUUCAACUUCACCGACGUCCCGUACUUUGAGGAGGUGGUUGAAGAGGGCGAAGAAGAGGGCGGCGGCAGUUGGAGCAAGGUGCACCUUUCAGUGACGCCCACCAAUCUCUCACUUUACGUCAACUGUCAACGGGUGGGCGGUUUGGAGUUGGAUGGGCGUAAACGGCUGGCCACCACCGCCAUUGAUCUGACGGGUGAUGCUUGGCUGGCAAAGUAUGAUGAUGACUUUUCUACGGUUCCGUUGGACAUUCAGUGGAUGGUGAUGAACUGCGACGCCUCGCGGCCGCAACGAGAUCGGUGUAGCGAGAUUUCGGUCUGUAAAGCGUG